AUGCAACCCAGGGAAUACAGGGAAAGAACAAUCCUAGUAGUCACCCUGAGAAGUGGAAAGGCGGCGGUGGAAGUUAGGAAGGAGCCUAGUAGGAUUGAUUCAAAUGCGAUGGAAUCAAAGAAACCGUUGACGCAAACUGAGUUAGAGAAGCCCAAGAUUAUGAAACCUGAAGAUGCAAUCACCUCUAAGCCUCCAGACCAUGGAACAGUAAAAGUACAGCUACCUCCAUUCCCUCAAAGACUGAAAAAGAAGCAAAACAAUAAAGGUCAGUAUCAUCGCUUCUUGGAAAUAUUGAAACAACUACACAUCAAUAUUCCAUUUAUAGAAGCGAUAGAGCAAAUAUCGGUGUAUGCCAAGUUUUUGAAGGAUAUGGUUUCAAAGAAGAGAAGCACAGGAAAAUUCGUCAUGAUGGCACUAACACAAGAAUUAAACACUAUAAUCCCACCUAAGAUGCAUGACCCAGGCAGCUUUACAAUACCUUGCUCAAUAGGAGGGAUCUAUAUUGGUCAAGCAUUAUACAAUCUUGGGGCAAGCAUAAACUUAAUGCCCCUGUCAAUCUUCAAACAAUUGAAUGUAGGACAGCUGACACCCACAACGGUGACUCUUCAGCUUGUAGAUAGGUCCCUAGUACACCCUGAAGGAAAAUUGAAGGAUGUCUUGAUGUGCACAAAGGAGAAAUCACAAUGA